AUGAAUGGGGAUGUUGGCAAAGUGCCUUCGGGGGUGGUGUAUAAUACCACCCCUGAGACGAGCUCUGCCAUGGGUUCUCAUCCGGAAUAUGUAGCUGUUAAUGGGGUAGCAGAGGGGGCUGAGGGGCCUAGUCCUUUACCUCCCUCAGCUCCCCAAGAUAAUGCUUCGCAGUCAGCUUACCCCUUGCCACAACUUAAGCAAAUGCUUUCUCAGCAGCUGGAGUACUACUUCUCUAGAGAAAAUUUAGCGAACGACACAUACCUAUUGUCGCAAAUGGACAACGACCAGUAUGUGCCGAUAUGGACGGUAGCGAAUUUCAAUCAGGUUAAAAAGUUAACCAAAGACAUCAAACUGAUCACCGAGGUUUUACGCGAAUCGCCGAACGUUCAGGUUGAUGAAGAAGGGGUGAAAGUUCGUCCUAACCAUAAAAGAUGUAUUGUGAUUUUGCGCGAGAUUCCCGACAAUACGCCCAUAGAAGAAGUUAAGAAUUUGUUUUCUGGGGAGAAUUGUCCUAGAUUUAUUUCCUGCGAAUUUGCUCACAACAGCUCGUGGUACGUCACAUUCGAGUCCGACGAAGACGCCCAAAGAGCUUACAGAUAUUUACGGGAAGAAGUAAGAGAGUUCCAAGGGAAACCUAUUAUGGCGAGGAUAAAGGCGAAACCUAUGAAUCGACUGCCAAUACCUCCCGUUACCGCCGUGAAAAACGGUUUCAGGGCAACUCCGCCUCCGACCGCUGUCUACGAUCCCGCAGCUUAUCCGCCUGGACAACAAAGGUUUAUUUAUGCCAAUGGUACUCCAGGACAACCCGUUGCUGCCUAUAAUCAAGUGAUAUAUCCCCCUUAUCAGCAGCAACAAUUUUACGCUUCAGUCGCCUGGCCUCCGUCCGCUCCGGGUUAUUUCGACAUUAGUACAGUGUUUCAAGUGAACGGGCUGGCCCCGCAAAGCUUCAAACAUCCAGCGUAUCGUACGAAUCAAAAUAGACCUCGUAAACAGUCGAGAAGCGCCGCGCAAAGUGACCAAUCUUCGCAGGGUUCUUCACAGGGUGGAGGCAGCGGCAGCAGUAAUAACGGACAAGGCAGCUCCAGACCAUCCACGUCUUACCAAGGUCGUUCUCACUCACCAAGUAGCACUAGUAAGAGUAAUAAAGGGACCGCGUUAGAAGGCGCGAUUCCGAAAACUAGCCAUAUUCAUAAUGUAACUAAUGACAAUGAUGCUCACAUUGCUAAUCAUAGCGCUUCUCUUGGCCUAUCGGGUAUGCACUCGGAUCCAGUGGAAAUGUACAGGUUUAUUCAACCGCCGCCUUCUAUCAAAGAAGUAAUACCGCCUCGGCACCGUAGGAAAAAACGCGACGAAGACAAUGUCCUGAACGGACAAUCGGUACAAACACAAACUAGGGAUAUGGUCAAUUCGAGGGGGGCUGAAUUUGAUUUGAUUGAAGAAGCUUUUCCACCAUUGCCAGGUCUAGAAUCUGGAUCCCAAACAACAUAUAAACACCAAUCAAUAACCAAUUCUGCUGUAGAGGUUUUACCGACAUCCCAGUCGAUGGCGGAACCUCAACAGGGACCACAAGCUGGACAUUGGGGAGAGAACAGACUUGCCGAUGUCGUUAAAGGUACGGCAAAAUUUAAAGGCAGCACCGCUGGCGGCGGCGGUAGCAGCAAAGAAUCGAGCAGCGGUGGCGGCGACGAUUCCCCUAGGGCUGUUUCGCCGCAACAACUUCCACCAUGCAAUCAAACCAUUAGGCAGAAUUCUGUUUCGACGUCAACGGGACCUCCCGAAUGCAAAGACGCCUCUACAGAAAGUGGAGACAUCCAGCUUAGUACAGUUACGCUUACUCCUCCAAGCUCACCUGAAAAAUUAGUUCCUGCUUUGCCAAUCAAAUGUACAAUGGCUGACAAAUCGACAAAAACAGAUGACGCUCUCCUAAAUGGUGAUUUGGAUGUAUUAUGUCCCACUACAACAAAUGCUGCCACCAUGACCACAGUUGUGCCAACAGAAGCUCCUUCACGGAUCGGGGCCGUUAUAUCUAGUUCGUCUAGUAGUAAAAAUCAUGUACCUGUACAUAGGCAGGACUCUAAGUCUGAAACUUCGAGACAUGUUUCGAUUUCUCCUCCUCCUACGAUGGACUACUCUGGUAAUCCGCCUAGGAAAAGUUAUGCUCAAGUGGCGCAACAUCACAAGGAGGCGAAAGAGCUUCAAGCCAAGGAAAAACAAAUAGAUGCCCCAUCGACGACUGUAGCUGCAACAAAAUCCACUCAAUCGAUAACGAAUUAUAAUAGUAUCAACACUCGUGGCCAAAUUGAACGUGAUAAUAAAGAUUCUAGAGAUAAUGGUCCACAACGAACCGAUUCGAGCAGCAGCGGCAAUCAACAGAGGUACAACGGAAUGAACCGCGGCGGCGCCAGGUCUCAAAGAAGGAGAACUGAGAUGAGAACAUCCCAAUUGCGCGACUUUGUGACUCCUCGGUCUCCCAAGUAG